UAAAAUCAGUUAAAAUCCCCACUCCCCUUCCCAUCAUCUGCUUUCCCUCCCGCUUUUCACACACUACACACACUCACAACCGUCUUACUUCACACUCUUUUCACACACAGACACACACUGUGUCUCUGCUGCAGUUUCAAUGGCGGCGGCGGCGGUGGCAGAGCUAAUUCCAUACACUUCAGCGCAUACAAAGACUGCCCAUCAUUUUUCUUCGGAGUUUUCCUAUGCAUCCACCAGAAUUUCCGGCCACCGCCGCCUGCGCCUCCGGCCAAUCCAGAACUCGAGAAUUAGGUGCUCUGUCACUUCCAAUGAAGUUGAAGCGCCGGCAGCGGUGAAGUUAGGGGAACUGAAGAAGAAAGCUGAGUGCUAUGGGGUUUUCUGCCUCACUUAUGAUCUCAAAGCUGAAGAGGAGACGAAGUCGUGGAAGAAGUUGGUUAACAUUGCUGUCUCUGGUGCUGCGGGGAUGAUAUCCAAUCAUCUUCUCUUCAAGCUUGCUUCUGGUGAGUUUUUGGCCUUCACACGUCCACAGAUUUAG